GGAGUGGGGACACCUCUUCUCUUCUCCAGGCCUCCCCAAAUCAGGCCUGUGAGGGUGUUCAGAGGUGGCAGCCAGGCCCACCUGGCCCACGGUGUGGGGCAAGGGAGAGCCCCAUUUGCCGAGGGAGAGCCCCAUUUGCCGAGGGAGAGGACAAGACCCAGAGAGGGCAGGCUGCUCAGGCCAACCACACAGCAAGUGAGCAGGGCCAAGGUUUGCCCCCAGGUCUGUGUGACUCCAGGGUUUGUGCUGUCCCCUCUCCGGCAGGCGGAGGAGCUGGGCGGGCAGCAGCGGACAUGGGCACCUUGGCCCUCAAGGUGCAGGGCUGAAGGGCUCAGGGUAGAGAGAGGCCUGAGCAGAGUGACGACCCGCCUGUGCACCUGGCCUCCAGGGGCUGGGUCUGUCAGGGAGGGUCCUGGAGGAGGGCGCUGAGCAGCUCUGGUCCCAUAGGGUGGGCAGUGCCCAGCGCAGUACUGGCAGGGAGGGGUCCUGGCUGGCCUGGGGAAGCCUCGUCCUUGAGGAGGAGGUAACCUAGGAGAGUGGCCCAUCCACGCGUGCUCAGAGGGGUAAAUAAUUGAAGGGCAGGUCACAUGAACCCACCUGCGUCACAGGAUGCUUCCCCCUGGGUCUGGUUACGCCCCAGAUCGCCUUCUGACAUCCCGGGCUGGUGAAUAAUUAAGCUGCCACCUCCUCCUCGGCCGGCCCUCCAUCUCUGGGUCCCACACUGCAGCCUCCUUCACCCUGCUCCCAGAGGUGCCAACCUCCAGUGCUCCCGGCCCCGCCAGCACCACCAGCCUCCCGCUCAGCGCCCGGGUGCAGCCCGCUCAUGGCCCCCGAGAUGGACCAGUUCUACAGGUCCACCGUGGCCAUCUACAAGAGCAUCAUGGAGCAGUUUAACCCCGCCCUGGAGAACCUGGUGUACCUGGGCAACAACUACCUCCGGGCCUUCCAUGCGCUGUCCGAGGCGGCCGAGGUGUACUUCAGCGCCAUCCAGAAGAUCGGGGAGCAGGCCCUGCAGAGCCCCACCUCACAGAUCCUGGGUGAGAUCUUGGUGCAGAUGUCCGACACCCAGCGACACUUGAACUCCGACCUGGAGGUGGUGGUGCAGACAUUCCAUGGAGACCUGCUGCAGCACAUGGAGAAGAACACCAAGUUGGACAUGCAAUUCAUCAAAGACAGCCGCCAGCACUAUGAGAUUGAGUACCGCCACCGAGCCGCCAACCUGGAGAAGUGCAUGUCCGAGCUGUGGCACAUGGAGCGCAAGAGGGACAAGAAUGCACGGGAGAUGAAGGAGAGCGUGAACCGGCUGCACGCGCAGAUGCAGGCCUUCGUGUCCGAGAGUCAGCGGGCCGCAGAGCUGGAGGAGAAGCGGCGCUACCGGUUCCUGGCGGAGAAGCACCUGCUGCUUUCCAACACCUUCCUGCAGUUUUUCGGCCGGGCCCGGGGGAUGCUGCAGAACCGCGUGCUGCUGUGGAAGGAGCAGUCGGAGGCCAGCCGCAGCCCGUCGCGCGCCCACUCCCCGGGCCUGCUGGGCCCCGUGCUGGGGCCGCCCUACCCCUCGGGCCGCCUGACGCCCACCCGCCUGGACAUGCCCCCGAGGCCUCUGGGAGAGUUCGGCUCCCCCCGCAGCCGGCACGGCUCCGGCUCCUACGGCCCCGAGCCCACUGACGCGAGGUCCGCGUCCCAGCUGGAGCCAGAUCGCCGGUCCCUGCCCCGGACGCCGUCUGCCUCCUCGCUCUACGCCGGCAGCGCCCAGCCCUCGCGCUCCAACUCCUUCGGCGAGCGCCCGGGCGGCGGCGGCGGGGGCGCCAGGAAGGUCCGCGCCCUCGUCUCCCACUCGGAGGGCGCCAACCACACGCUGCUGCGCUUCUCGGCCGGAGACGUCGUGGAGGUGCUGGUGCCCCAGGCCAAGAACGGCUGGCUCUACGGCAAGCUGGAGGGCUCGUCCACGAGCGGCUGGUUCCCCGAGGCCUAUGUGAAGCCUUUGGAGGAGAUGCCCAUGAACCCCCUGAACCCUAUGAAUGAGCUACCUGCCAGGUCCUACCCGCUCCGGGGCAGCCACAGCCUUGAUGACCUCCUGGACCGGCCGGGCAACUCCACAGCGUCCUCUGAGCACUGGGAUGGCCAGUCCCGCUCCCGAACCCCGAGCCGGGUCCCGAGCCGCGCCCCCAGCCCUGCACCCACACCCUUGCCUGGGAGCCGCCGAAGCAGCAUGGGCAACAUGGGGGUGACCAGUGACGUCAAGAAACUUACAUCCUGGGAGCAGCCGCCCCCAGAGCUCUUCCCUCGGGGCACGAACCCCUUUGCCACCGUAAAGCUGCGUCCCACCGUCACCAAUGACCGUUCAGCACCGCUCAUCCGCUGAGGCACCUUCCUCUGUCAGGGGUCUGAGGUCGUCCCCCCGCACACCUGCCCAGGGGCUGCCCAGAGCUGGCGGCGGCAGCAGCAGCAGCAGCAGCAGCAGUGGGUCCAAGAGGCCGGGGGCCCUGAUACGGGGGGUGGCUGCCUUUCCCCAGCCGCACCCCCAGCCUGAGCAGCUCCGAGGGCACUGGCCUGGGGUCUGGGGCCUUCAAACAAAGCAGGCGGAACUGGGCGACAGAACCAUUUCUUCCCCUCCAGAGGCCCCAGGACUCUCCCUGGGGGGCCUGGCUCGUGCCCCCCAACCUCCUUCCUCCUCUGCCCCAGUGGGGAGGAGCCCCUUGCUCAUCCCCUCCCUUCCCCACACAUGUCCCUCUGUUUCACUUUUGUAAACGGUGAGGAAUAAAGCAAGUGGACAUGGCAG